GAUUUAUAAAAGUUCUUGGUUAGCUUUGAAAAUCAAAGAACAAAAUGGGCUUAGCAACUGUCCCAUAUUACUAAAUGUCACCCCUGUAAAUACCUACAGUACUCUGAACUACAUCCCACUGAGUUCAGUUGUUUUCUUUCUUUGUUCUUCUUUAAUUGAUUUGCCUUCUCUGCCUUCUGAUGGUUUUGUUGAAUUGUUUUUCAGUGGCCUUAUAGUUAUAAGCAACAACUUCAGUUACGUCUUAGAACCUCUUCCUGAUAGUCAGGAGCAACACAUCAUUUACAGGUCUGAGCAUCUCAAAGUUCCCCAUGGAAACUGUGGAAGUGAGCAUUUGAAAUCAAAGAUGACAGAUUGGCUUGCAGAGUUGACAGGCCAAACUGAACCACGAUACCACAGGGUGAAGCGGGAUGAUCAACAGUCAAUGAAAUAUGUGGAGCUUCUACUAGUGGCUGAUUAUGCAGAAUUUCAGAAAAAUAAUUACGAUCUUCAAGCAACCAAGAAUAAAUUAGCAGAGGCUGCCAAUUAUGUAGAUAAAUUCUACAGAUCAUUAAACAUACGGAUUGCUUUGGUUGGAAUUGAAGUCUGGAAUGACUACAAUAAGUGUGACAUCUCUGAGAACCCACAUUCAACCCUCUGGUCUUUUCUUGCUUGGCGGCGUAGAUUACUAAUACAUAAAAAGCAUGACAAUGCCCAGCUGAUUACCGGGAUGUCCUUCCAUGGCACUACUAUUGGCUUGGCCCCUCUGAUGGUCAUGUGCUCUGCUUAUCAGUCUGGAGGAGUAAAUAUGGAUCACUCUGAAAACGCCAUUGGAGUUGCUGCCACUAUGGCCCAUGAGAUGGGCCACAACUUUGGCAUGAGCCAUGAUUCAGCCGGCUGCUGCUCUGCCAGUCCCAAAGAUGGAGGAUGUAUUAUGGCUGCUGCAACAGGGGCACCCUUCCCCAGAGUGUUCAACGAAUGCAAUAGGAAAGAGCUGGAACGGUAUCUGCAAUCUGGCGGUGGCAUGUGUCUUUACAAUAUGCCAGAUACCAAGACCUUAUAUGGAGGACAGAGGUGUGGAAAUGGAUAUCUGGAAGAAGGGGAAGAAUGUGAUUGUGGAGAAGUAGAGGAAUGUAAUAAUCCUUGUUGCAAUGCUGCUAAUUGCUCUCUGAAGCAGGGUGCUGAAUGUGCUCAUGGAACUUGCUGUCACCAAUGCAAGUUAGUUUCACCUGGAACUCUUUGCCGGGAACAGGCGAGAACAUGUGACCUACCAGAGUACUGUUCAGGCAAAUCACCAUUUUGCCCUGCAAACUUCUAUCAGUUGGAUGGUACACCAUGUGAAGAUGGCAGAGCAUAUUGCUACAAUGGAAUGUGUCUGACAUACGAGCAGCAGUGUUUGCAGCUCUGGGGAUAUGGAGCAAGGCCAGCACCUGACCUUUGCUUUGAGAGAGUUAACGCCGCUGGAGAUCCCUAUGGGAACUGUGGGAAGGAUAUCAGUGGCAGAUACAGGAAGUGCGACACCAGCAAUGCUAAAUGUGGCAAGAUACAGUGCCAAAGUUCUGCUUCUAAGCCUCUGGAGUCCAAUGCUGUUGCAAUUGACACAACUAUCAAAUUAAAUGGAAGGGAAAUUCAUUGUCGUGGUACUCAUGUAUAUCGAAAUGAAGAAGAUGAAGGAGAUAUAUUAGACCCAGGGCUUGUGAUGACGGGAACCAAAUGCGGUGAUAGUCAUGUUUGCUUUGAGGGCCACUGUCAGAAUACCUCCUUCUUUGAUAGUGGACAUUGUGGAAAAAAAUGCAAUGGCAAUGGCAUUUGCAACAACAAUCACAACUGCCAUUGUUUCAGCGGAUGGGCGCCUCCAUUUUGUGAUAAACCUGGAAGGGGAGGAAGCCUGGACAGUGGCCCCGUGCUUGAAAAAAGUCCUAUUCCAAUCGUCAUAGGUGUCCUGGUUUCCAUCUUGCUUUUGAUUCUAGUUGGAAUAGCUUUUUGCUGUUAUAAAUGGAGAACCAGACUUGCGCCAGUAAAGCAGACUAUCUUUACUCCCAAGAAAACCCAACAGCCCAGCGCACCUCCUUCCUUUCAGAAGGAUGUGAAUGGACAUGCCAAUCCAGCUUUCAAACUGAAAACUCCACAAGGACAGAGAAAGGCUACUGAUAUACAAAAUAUCCCCCCAAAGCCUGAAGUGCUGUACUGCCAGCCACCUGCAGAGCUCAAGAGACAGAGGCAGCCACCGCCAGCUGUUCCAGCUAACUGUACAAAGAAACCCCCCUUUUUAGAACAUCAGACUGAGGAAAAGCAUUUGUCAAAACGAACUCCACCAAGCAGGCCUGCACCUCUGCCUCCAAACGUCAUGGUUCAGCAGGAUUCUUCCAGACUAAAACCACCUCAGAGAGCACUUCCGGCUAAUCCAGUCUUUUCAAGUAACAGGGCUGGGCUGCCCAGAAUGAAUACAGGAGCAGUACCAUCAUAUGGCGCUUCAAGGAAUACAGGAAUGCAUACAGUCUUGGAAGAGAAUCGAGCCAUUAGGAAUCUUGGAGCAGCGAAUACUCUGAAGUUCAGAACCUGAAGUUUGUCUUACAGUUCUAAAAUCUACACCAAUUCCUUUUGGUUUGACCUGGAAUUUUCCAAGGGCUUUGUUUCAAUUUGUACAAGUCUCAGGGCUAAAAUAACCGAGGCCAGUUUCAGAGCAACCUUUAGGAAAAGAUCUAUACUGUGUGGCAUGGGGAGAUGCAACUCUCUAGAAAAGGUCUAGCGAUCUACCAGUACAUAUCAAGGACUUUUCUCCAUUACAACAUUUAUUGUUUAAAUUGGCAUGCAUUCAUUAUCAUGCAACAUGCAAAAAGAGAGAAGCAGAGGCCUUAAUUUGCUUCUUGUAAUUCAUUGUUUCAACAGUAGACAGAUUGAUUUUAAUCAACAUCUCAUAAUGGAGCUAAUAUAUCUAUCUUUGAACACUUGUAUAAUUUUUGGAACAAAAUGUGAAGUACUUUGAAGAAGAGAGAGAUAUGCUCCCCUUACAUCAUCUCAUGGCUGGUGAGAGUUCCUCCCAAACUAAAGAUCAUAUGGAAGAGUUUCCCAGUUUGAGGAAUUUUGCUAUAUAUGCAUUUAAGAGAAGAAUUUUCUUUCCCUUUAAGGAACCUUCUACUUACAUAUAUUUAACCUGUUGUAUUCUUCUAUGGAGUCAGCUGUCAGUCCAAAGUUUUUUCAGUCUAUAGUUUUCAGGAUUUAGAAACUUUAGCAAUGUAAGUGCAGUGAGUCCAUACUUUGCCUUGAACUUCCACAGCCCUCUGAGGACUACUCAGCCCUAUUUGCCUUUGGAAUCUUAACAAGCACUGACCAGCUACACAGAAGUGUAUUUGUGAUGGCAGAUGGUUCCCUUCAACCUUGAUGGUCCUGGCAUCAUUUCUUCUCUGCUGCAUCUGAUCUUUAUGUAUCUCUGAGAUGUCACAGCAACUUUGGAAAAUGUUCGGUGAGCUUUUUACCCCAUGAAAAGUAUUACAGGGGGAGAUUCCAUCAGAAAGUAAAGGAUGGAGAGAUGCUUCUAAUAGGAUACCCUUCUCUACUCUGAAAUAAAAUAUGUUGGAGAAAGUUCAUAAACAUUUUUAUAUGAAGGGGAGGGUGGG